AUGUUUAAUGAAUUAAGAAGGGAAAUUUAGUAAAGAUAGCAGUCUAACGAUAAUCGAAUCUCUAUCAAGACUAGAUUCGGAGCUCGAAAUUCAAGAUAUGACUCAGGCAAUAUCAGUCCCUCUUUAAGAAAUGAAAAUAGGCCUCAAAUGAAUUUAAUUGGUUCACCUAGAGAGGAAAAAGACAUAAAAUCAAAUAAGUCAGCUAUAUUCCAUAAGCCAAGUUCAAGUGCCGUUAGAAUGAAGCUAUAGCAAAGAAUUAUGAUGAAGAUGUGCUCUAAAUUCGGUGCAAAUGAAAAAGUUGCCUAGAUAGUUUAAGAGGCUAUAGUAAACAAUCUUGCGAAUCAAAGUACUGUCAAUCCAUAAGUUUUUGAUAAGAUAGAACAAGAGAUUUCAAAAAAAGUUGAAAACACGAGCAUUACUAAUCAAGGAGAAUUAUUCCAUGGUAAUUCAACACCACAUGCCAAGCUAUUUAGAAAAAGUUUCUUUGGAUAAUCACCGAUUCCUUAUAAUAAAUCAGUAACUGACUAUAAAAAUAAAGAUAAAAAUAAAAGUGUUGUAGAAAACAAUCAAACCUCUAUCUAAAAUCAAGAAGGCACUCAGAACUCGACCGAUUUAAAGAAGGAGUACUACCGACAACUAGUAAAUGUUAAUGUGCCAAACAUGCAAACAAAGCAGGUAGGGCCAGUCUACAACUAUAAAUAGCUCUAGUAGUUUUUCAACUAAAGUGCUACCUAGCCAACUACACCAAUAUCAUCUCAAAGUAGAGUUCUAAGAAAAGUUCAAAAUCCGAAUAAUAUAAGCGAUUCAAAAUUGCUUUCUGAUGAUGGCUCCUAUGGACAUUACAAUAAAUUAAACCCAGAUGCCACUGUAAAGACCAUAAAGUAAAAUUUCAUGAAACUUGUUUAGAAUCCAUAGUCACCUUCAACUAGCUAAUCUAAUAACAGGAAUAAUAUAACUGGGCUCAAUAAGAGUGCAAAUCAGGCAAAUAAUAAUAAGGUUAACAUCUCCAUAAUGAGCUAAAAUGAAAAUCCUUAGCAUAACAAGACUUAGUCGUUUCACAAUUUACUUAGAGCUUCUUUUGGCUCGGGAAAGAGAUUCUCAGAGAAUGGAAACAACAGUAAUUUAAGCAAACUUAAGGUAUCUAACUAAGUAAAUAAUGACUAACUCUGGAAAAUGUUGGAGACAUUUAAUAGUUAGAAAGAAUAGUAAAAAGUUGACUAGGAAAUAGAGAGACGUAAAUUUAUGUAUUAAAAGUAUAAGAAAGAACUUAGUGACUAGUUCAAGAUGCAAGAAUAACUUGAUGCUUAGAAGAAAAAAUAAAGACAAGAUGAAAUUAAUCAAUACAAAAAGUAAGAGUUACAGUUUUAUAUGGAUGUUGAAAAUUAAAAGUUCCGUAAGAAGAGGGAAUAAUAAGCACUUAAAGAAUACUAGAUAAAGACCAUUUCAAUUAAUGAUCUUAAAUAGAAACAAGCCUUAUUAUUUGAAAAAUAAAUCGAGAACUAGCUUAAAGAUGGUCCAAAGGAAAUAAUUGAAAUGGAUGAGUACUAAAAGGUUUUUGAUUAACGUAUGAAAGAUCUUAAAUUAAAAGAUGAUUUGGUCAAUCUUGAAUUAAUAAAGGAAAAAUAAAUAAAGAAAGUGCAAGAGAGAAUUGAGGUAUAGUAAACCUACUAAAAAGAUGAGUCAUUUUUAGAUAGACUUAGGCGUAAAGAUUAUGAAUAUCUUGAUGAUACGAAGAUGAGGUCAAGUGCAAAGCAAGAUUUUAAAAUACUUGCUGCCUCAUUCAGAGUAGACCUGAAUGGAGAGAUUAAAGUAAAUGAAAAGAAAACCAUAGAGCAAUUAGAUAAGGAGAAUGAAGUAAGAGCAGCAGUUGAGAGGCAGAAGCAAGAAGAUGAGCAGUUAAGAGCUGAGCUUGAUCUUAUUAAUAAGUCUAAAGAGGUUGUAAUCAAAGCAUAAGAGGCUAAUAAAGAAUUAGUUCUGAUGAAAGAUCAAAAGACAAAAAUAAAGUAAUAUCUCGAAUCUAAGAAAUUGGAUGAUGAAACUCUUGGAAAUAUAUACGCUACACUUAAACUUCCAAAUAUAAUGCACAGUGAAGAGUAUCAAGAGUUUAGAAAGUCAAGACAUAAGUUGCUUUCACAGGAAUAUAUUGAACUUGCCAAACAAAAGAAAGAAAUUAAGCCAGACAUUAGAGAUCUUGAAAUUAUCUUGAAUAAAGACACUUUUGAGGAAAUGGGAUUACUAUGA